AUGUCCGCGUCACCUCCUCUCCAGUCGUUCAACCCACAUGCCGUGCACUACUUUACGAGUGCCUCGAGCAGCCCACAAGCACAUCCCUUGACACAGGCAGGGCUGCCUACAGCAGUAUAUCCCUCGCAUGUCCUGUUCAGCGCGACGACUCCGCCACGAACACAGGCGCCACCCAUGAGCUCAUCGGCAGCGAGUCAGAGCGCGCCCAAGCCAGCUACCCCGCAGGCGUCAUUCGCACCAAUGCAGUCGCCUCAACCGCGACCGAUUCGAGGGUUUGCAGUUGGAGCACCAACACCAGCGGCCAAAGCGGCUAUUUUUGAGCCAUUUAAUGCCAAACGACCAGUCACGCCCGAGCUUGAUGCGGUCCUGCGCAAAAAGACUUCGUCCUGGACGCAGUGGGAACUCGAAGGCGCGAGCAAGUAG